AACGCUUUGAACUUAAUCCAGUUUUAAAUCGAUCAAUCAGACUAAGCAAGUAAUUAAAUCCAACAGAAGUCAAGUAAAACGGUGAGAAUAUAAAAGAAACUUAUUUCAUCCCUAUUAAUAACGUGAAGUUGUGUAUGUAAGUAUUAAAUUCACAUGCUUAGAAAUAAACAAUGCCUCCAAAGAGGAAUAUUAAGCCUAAUAAGUCAAAACCACCUCAAUUGCUUCAAGUUAAUAGUGAAAAUAACACAGCUGAGUCUAUAGAAUUAGAAUUAAAGUUUGAUCAGGAAAUUCUUUGGUGUAUAACACAAUUUGAGAAAUUGAUCAGUUCCGGAAAACUCAAUGAUGCUAAAAAACACGAAAGUAUAAAGGCAAUUAAUAUUCUGAGAAAGCCGAACGUCACUAAAAUAGAAAAGAUACAGUUAAUGAAGAGUUACUUUAAGGAUUACAAAGCAAAAAUGGCAAAGGAUGAAGAGGAGGUCAAGAAAAGUGCAAAUCUCAGUUUUGAAGUUGAUAGUGAGUCUAAAUCAGCUGGAAAGUUCUUGAAAAGGAAGAUUGAGCAAAGCAGUAAUCAGCCUGAAUCUACAGGAUUUUUGUUUAAUUUUAAUGUUAAUGACAAUGCAAGUACCUUAGGCGAUGAAAUAAAGAAAUUAAGUUUAAGCUAA